AUGGCGUCCUUUGUGGCACAGGUCGUCGUGGCCGCCACCGCAGAGACGCACUCACCCUCGGUCUCUCUUGCCCUUUCGGGAAUAUUUGGAAGCAUCAGUCUCGUCGCAUGGAUAUGUGUCAUUCUGCCCCAGCUCGUCACCAAUUUCAAGGCCCAGAAUGCCGAUGGUCUGAGCAUGGCCUUCCUGAUCGUCUGGCUCCUCGGUGAUGUGACGAAUCUUCUGGGCGCCUUCUUCACCCACCUCGCCCCGACCGCGAUCGCCCUCCCCUGCUACUUCUGUCUCGCCGACUUCGCCCUCAUCAGCCAGGUUAUCUACUACAACUCGCGCAACAAGGCCAAGGCCAUCGCCUCCGCCGCCUCCGCCGCCUCCGCCUCCGCCUCCGCCGCCGCCGGCAGCCAGAUAAUCGACGCGGGGGAGCUGUCCGAAGACUCGCCCCUGCUCCGGAGGCAGGAGAGCGGGCCACCCACGUCGAACAACGGCACCGUGGCUGCUGUCAGCGCAGGCGAUGCCGGAAAGGACCUCUUCCCCCCUGCUGGCGGGGCGGUCUCUCAGGGGCAGCAGCAGCCGCGGAAGAACAGCCUCUCCUCCAACGCCUUGUCCUUGCUUUCCGUGUACCUCGUCGGUGCGGCCGGCUGGUUCGUCUCGUACAAGGCCGGUGCGUGGGACUCGGCUGAUCCCGGCACGCCUGACGGGCCGGACGAGGCGGACAACCCUCUCGAGAUGGCCGGCCUCACUCUGGGCUACAUCAGUGCCGUGUGCUACCUCUGUGCUCGUGUCCCGCAGAUCAUCAAGAACCACCGCGAAAAGUCUUGCGAAGGCCUCGCUCUACUCUUCUUCAUGCUCUCCCUGACCGGAAACCUCACAUACGGAAUCAGUCUGCUGGCGUACUCCCAGGACAGGAAGUACCUCCUCAACGCCCUGCCUUUUCUGCUCGGAUCGAUCGGCACCAUCACCGAGGAUUGCAUCAUCUUUGUCCAGUUCCGACUCUACGGGGACAACGCCAGACCGCACAUUUCCAGCGCAUAG